CAAUUGGACCUCCGGUGGCCCCCCCCCAGGGCGGGGAGGAGGAGGACGGACGGACAGGGCCAGCCUACUGUCCGCCUGCCGCCCGCCGCGGCGUGAAGGAGUUCCCGUGUGCCCACGGUCGCCGCUGCCCCACUUGGUCCACCAGAGCCUCCCCUCGGACCCCCGGUGCCCACUGUUCACCCUCGUCCAGCGUGAGAGCUCGCCUUCCGCUCCGCGGACGCCGCGGGCAUGGACUAUUCGUACGACGAGGACCUGGACGAGCUGUGCCCCGUGUGUGGGGACAAGGUGUCCGGCUACCACUACGGGCUGCUCACAUGCGAGAGCUGCAAGGGCUUCUUCAAGCGCACGGUGCAGAACAACAAGCACUACACGUGCACGGAGAGCCAGAGCUGCAAGAUCGACAAGACGCAGCGCAAGCGCUGUCCCUUCUGCCGCUUCCAGAAGUGCCUGACGGUGGGGAUGCGCCUGGAAGCCGUGCGCGCCGACCGCAUGCGGGGUGGCCGGAACAAGUUUGGGCCCAUGUACAAGCGGGACCGGGCCCUGAAGCAGCAGAAGAAGGCACAGAUUCGAGCCAAUGGCUUCAAGCUGGAGACAGGCCCCCCAAUGGGGGUGCCCCCUCCCCCCCCUCCCCCCCCGGACUACAUGCUGCCCCCCGGCCUGCAUGUGCCUGAGCCCAAGAGCCUGGCCUCUGGGCCACCUGCUGGGCCACUGGGCGACUUUGGGGCCCCAGCCCUGCCCAUGGCCGUGCCCAGCGCCAACGGGCCACUGGCUGGCUACCUCUAUCCUGCCUUCCCUGGCCGUGCCAUCAAGUCUGAGUACCCGGAGCCCUACGCCAGCCCUCCGCAGCCCGGGCCCCCGUACGGCUACCCAGAGCCCUUCUCCGGAGGGCCCGGAGUGCCUGAGCUCAUCCUGCAGCUGUUGCAGCUGGAGCCCGACGAAGACCAGGUACGGGCGCGCAUCAUCGGCUGCCUGCAGGAACCAGCCAAAGGCCGCCCCGACCAGCCUGCGUCCUUCAACCUCCUGUGCAGGAUGGCUGACCAGACCUUCAUCUCCAUCGUGGACUGGGCACGCAGGUGCAUGGUCUUCAAGGAGCUGGAGGUGGCCGACCAGAUGACGCUGCUGCAGAACUGCUGGAGCGAGCUGCUGGUGUUCGACCACAUCUACCGCCAGAUCCAACACGGCAAGGAGGGCAGCAUCCUGCUGGUCACCGGGCAGGAGGUGGAGCUGACCACGGUGGCGGCCCAGGCGGGCUCCCUGCUGCAUGGCCUGGUGCUGCGGGCCCAGGAGCUGGUGCUGCAGCUGCAUGCGCUGCAGCUCGACCGCCAGGAGUUUGUCUGCCUCAAGUUCCUCAUCCUCUUCAGCCUUGAUGUGAAGUUCUUGAAUAACCACAGCCUGGUGAAGGAUGCUCAGGAGAAGGCCAACACCGCCCUGCUCGAUUACACCCUGUGCCACUACCCGCACUGCGGGGACAAGUUCCAGCAGCUGCUGCUGUGCCUGGUGGAGGUGCGGGCACUGAGCAUGCAGGCCAAGGAAUACCUGUACCACAAGCACCUGGGCAACGAGAUGCCCCGCAACAACCUGCUCAUCGAGAUGCUGCAAGCCAAGCAGACUUGAGCCUGGGCCGGGUGGGGCCGGGACUGGGGCGGGGGAGGGCUCGCAGCCACCCCCGCGGCCCUCCAGAUGGUUGCUUCUAUCAUGCCCACCCAGGAGCCCCACCCCGUAGGCCCCUGCCCCUGAGCUCUCUGAAGCCUUGUGUUGGGAAGGUGGGUGAAGGUGGGCAGGACCUGGCUGAGGUGGGGUGGCCCCCAUCUGCCACUGGCACUUGCCUGCCACUCAGAGUGCCCCAAGGAGGCAGCUGCUAAUCACCCCCUCCCCCUCCCCCUGCUCCCAGCUGUCUGUCCUGGAGUCUGGAGCACAGGUCCAGGGAGGAGGUAAAGGAUUCCCUGGUGGGCCUCGAUGUCCCUUGGGUCAGAGGUCAUCCCUUCCCCCUCUUCUGGAAACAGAGGCAGGGAGAGGUUGAGUAGGCAUCAGCUGGGGGAGAAGAGAGGGUCUCCAGCACCCCCUCAUAGCGACCAGGAGGAAAGCCCUCUGUUUCGUAAACUAUGGAUAAACUGAGUUUGCAAAAGUGGGCAGGGGCUGUUGGCCCUAGAGGACACGGGGAGACUGGUUAGGAUGAAAAGUCCUCCUCCCUGGCCCUUCUACCUGCUCUGACUUCUGCAGGGGAGAACUCCGACGCGUUAUCGGAAAAGAAUUGUGCUACAAUCAUCCUUCUAUCCCUCUCCCACCAGACGAGACCUUUGGCAUAAUCAACAUUCUAGCCCUACCCCCAGGUGGCCAGCCCAGGCUGGUGUUUAUCUGUAAGGCUGUAGUCAAAAGGGUUGUUGUUGUCGUUGUUGUUGUUUUUUAAUUUGUUGGGUUUUUAAUUUAGUUACUCCUUGAAAGGUGUGUAUGUGGGGGGCAGGGGACAGAUGUGAGGGUUGAGGCUGGGACUGGAUUAGCACCAAGUACCGCCGAUGGUUUCUCCCCAGACACCCUCAUACCAGGUUCCUCCUGGGUGGUACUGGGUCAUUAUUUCUGAGCCCCCCACUCCAAUCCAGAGAAGAGCUGUUGCUUGCCCCCCACCCCCCUAGACGAACAGCAGGAUGCCCUGUGGGGGGCUCAUAGUCUCUGUGGGUGGGAAUAUGGGUGACCUAGGGAGGGUAUGUGGGUCUCCAGAUCAGGGACAUUCCCCCAUUGGCCCUGUCCCAUUGGGUCCGUUGCUGCAAACCCUUGAAGCUGGGCCUCAACUCCCUGGCCUCUUGUCCUACACCCUGAAAGACACUGUCCAGGGCCAGGACCUAGGGAGAGGCCUUGGCUGUCCUCUGUCCCCAGGCUAGGCAUCCACCGUCUGUCCUGCCUUCACGUGGCCGCUUGCGCUGAGCCUGCCCAGCUGGAGGUGACUGGGCAUCCCUGCCCCCCUGCCUUCCACUGCCCUGUCUCAGUCCCCACCCCUGCCCUCUGAAACCUAUGCCCCCUCCAAGGCCAGAGACCCCCCAGCCCCGAAGUGAGAAGUGCCCUUAAGAAACUCCCCAGCCCCUGCAGCCCUGGAAUAAAUUUUGCAAUUAGUUUCCA